AAGCUAAGUAACUCUAAACUGAAAAAAUCGGGCUUCCCAGCUCAGAAGUUGCACCUUACCUUCCUUGUGGAGCGCUACGAGAUCAUGUUCGCUCAGUCCCAAUAUAUCAGGGAUGCUGUGAAGUUUGUUUUAGGCAGUUUGUGGAUCUGUAUUACUAUAAGAACAGUCAACGGUCAAGAGGGUAAUGGUUGUGGGCACACGGUUCUGGGCACAGAGAGUGGCACCCUAGCCUCCCAGCACUACCCGGGCACCUACCCUGUGGACACCUGGUGCAGAUGGAGGCUCCGGGCGCCACAGGGGCACACACUGCGCUUCCUGUUUGGGGACUUUGACGUGGAGCAGAGCCCGGGCUGCAGGAACGGGUCUCUCACCAUCACUGCCGGUGACGGGACGCAAAGCAUAGGGCCCCUGUGUGGUAAACUGGGAGUCACCGAGAAGAACGUGAGCGUGACCAGUAAUGAGGUGACGAUAGUCUUCAACUCUGGGCCUCAUCGCUCAGGCAGAGGCUUCCUGCUGUCCUACACCACUGAUCAGCACCCAGAUCUAAUUUCGUGUGUGAAGCGAGGAUCGCAUUUCGUCUCUCCGCGGUUCAGCGUGUACUGUCCCGCCGGGUGUGGAGACGUCACGGGAGACAUCCAUGGCCAUUCUCGACAGGGCUACAGAGACACCUCGGUGCUGUGCAAGGCCGCGGUCCACGCCGGCGUGAUGUCCGACAGCCUCGGAGGCCAGGUGUCUGUGAGCCGCGAGAGGAGCCUCACUCUGUACGACUCCACCUUCGCCAACGGAAUCCUUUCCAAGAUGGGGUCAUUGUCUGAGAAGAAACUGCUCUUCAGCCAAGAGUGUAACAGUGAUCUGACUGUGUCUGAUUUCAAUGCGUCUUCGUUCUGGGAGACAGUGGAUGGUUUGGGUCAACGAGUUAUCUGGUCCCCCAGAAACAUGGAUUCUGCAGGUCGGUUCCUACCCUGGGCAGCAGACAGCAAUGACCCAGAGCCCUGGCUGGAGCUGGAGCUGGCUGAGAAAAGCACCGUCACAGGAAUAAUAACCGGCGGUUCGCCAGACUCCUACAUAGAAUCCUACACUCUCCAUUUCAGCAAAGACAGAAAGACCUGGAAGGUUUACAAAGCCGCGCAGAGCAGAGAGAAAAAGGUGUUCGAGGCCCACGCCGACGGUCAUCUGAGCGUGCUCAACAGCCUGUUUCCUCCAGUGGUGGCCCGGUAUCUUCGGCUGCAACCCAGCAGCUGGCAUGGGCGGGCCUCGACCCACGUCCAGGUCCUGGGCUGCCCUGUCUCCCGCCUGUCUCCCAGGCAUCGCUCCGCUGGGGCAUCCCCGACCUUGAAGGUGGCUGUAGGGACCACGUCGCUCCCCCAACCAGCUCCAACUGACGGGCCGGUCAUCGUGAAGGGUAAAAGUUCCAGUCAGCCAGUGAUCGUGGCGGUGGGCGUGGUCCUGGGGUUGAUCCUGUGUGUGAGCUGUCUGUUGGCAGGAGUCUGGUGGAAGAGAAGAAGAAAAGCAGCACAUAUGAAGAAGUACUCUCUAGCCAAAGGCUGCCCGACUUUCCAGGGAAAGAGUCUGCCCAGCCCGGAGUCAGAGCUUAUCUCUUACCCUCUGGAGCGAAACGUCCAUGACGCUCUCCCGAACCCCCCUCUCAAUGACUAUGCCGAGCCUGAUUUGACGGCUGGGGGACAGAUGCUCGGCUCCACGUUUCGGCCCAGCAUCGAGGAGGGCUACACCACGCCCUUCACCUUCAACCACUACGACACCCCUGGCAAGCUGCCCGAGUACACGGAACCCCUCCCCCCAGAGCCAGAGUACGCCACUCCGUUCGGAGAUCAGCCCCCAGAGCCAAACCUGGCAACCCCACAGGGGGUCGUACACAACACCCCUCACAGGUUUCAUGUGAGGGCUCCCUCUAGUGGCUCGUCUCGGGCAAGCCAAGCUGUGUAUGACUGUCCCUCUCACAGACAGCUGCCCAACGGUUACUGCACCCCCUCCCUCCACGACGGGGGGCCCUGUCAGGACAGUGUGCUCUAUGCUGAGCCCCAGCUCUCUGACCCCUCGCUGCAGCACACGUACGAGGAGCCGUUUUGACCACAGCCGCCUGGUGGAAAACACUCCCUCAAGACUGCCUUCUGAUUGGCUGCCAGACAGGGCUCUUAUAGGUCAGCCGUCAGCAGGCCCCGGCCAGCCAGGUUCCAGAAUCCUUCUGAGUUCUUCGCACUGCUGUGAAAGAGGAUGAUCAUUGGGCCACCAUGCAGUAGGAUUAUUAUAGUAUAGGAGCCAACAUGGCUGUAAACAUAAACUUUCAGGUGCUAUAGCACAACAUAUUGAAUGAAAAGACAGGGACAACUUCUUAUUGUCUCACUGACAAAAGUUUAUUAUUAAAUCACAAAAUGUAUGUCAGAGAACUUUUUAGAUAUGUACUGAAAUGUUGGAUGGACCUAAGAGAAACAAUAUCAAAAUGAAAUAAAUAAAUACUUUUUAUGUUUUCUAUCUUCA